UUGAAAGAGAAAAGUGAAAAGGGGUAUGUCUGCUACAGGGUUAUUAUAUCCACAUAUUCUCUAUGGUGAAGUCGUAGUUUACCAGAGAGAUCAACAGCACCAGCACCAGCACCAGUGCUUGGUAAGUAGUAGUAGUGGCAGAUACGUGUUUUUAUCUUCAUUGAAGAGUAGUAGUGGUUGCGGGAACGCUUCUUUUGGGCAGAGGAUUAGGCGGAGGAAUUUCAGAGUUGAAGCGACGUGGCCAGAUUUGUCAAGACCAAGUGUCAUAGAGAUGGAAUCCAUUGAUGAUAGUGAGCAGCUUGAUCAAAUUCUGCUUCAUGCUCAGCAAAAUUCACAACCCAUCAUCAUUGAUUGGAUGGCUGCUUGGUGCCGUAAAUGCAUAUAUUUGAAGCCCAAGUUGGAGAAAUUGGCUGCGGAGUAUGACACAAAGAUCAAAUUUUAUUACGUGGAUGUGAAUAAAGUGCCUCAGACUCUAGUGAAGCGUGGCAAUAUCUCUAAAAUGCCAACAAUUCAGUUGUGGAAAGAUGGGGAGAUGAAAGCAGAGGUGAUUGGAGGCCACAAGGCCUGGCUAGUCAUUGAAGAAGUCAGAGAAAUGAUCCUAAAGUUUCUAUAGUGUGUUCUAUUAUUCUUCAUUCUUCUCUUUUUCUUAUUUUUCACAACCUCAAUGAGCACAUAUGUUUAUUCAUAUAGUAAUUUCUUACUCCCACGAAUCCUCCGAGCUCUGACAUUUUUUUAUAUCAUUCGGGGUAGUUCCCUCGUUUGUUCAGAUUACACUCAAAGAAUGGUGUUAU